AUGACGGCGCCGGGCCGCGGUGGCGGCGGAGGCGGCAGCCGGCGCGGCGGGCUCGGGGGCGCGCGGCGGCCGGCGGCGGCGCGGCGCGCGCCGAGCUGUGAGGCGCGCGCGGCGCGUGCGGCGCGCUGCAGGGGCGCGCCAAGCAAGCUGGAGGCUGCCCGGCGCGGCGCUGGGCGCUGGCGGCGGCGCGACGGCCGGCGACUGCGACGGAAGUUGCCAGCAAGCGCCAAGGCGGACGCGCAAACCGCGCCGGGGCUUGCUGCCGCGCGCGCGGCCGUCCUCACCGCCACCCUCGCCUCGCCCGUCGCCGCCCGCCCUUCGGCCUGCACACGCACGCCGGCCUCUCGCGCGCCCUCCUGCGCUGGCAGCAGCGCGACGUCUUCUACGAGGAGUGCGCCCUGUCGCUGCCCGAGGGAGUGGCUCGAGCUCUUCGCCCGCCCGCCGACUGCGCCAUGUGCCGGGGCGUCCACGCGGUGGACCGCGUCGCAGCCAUCUCCCCGCAGCUCUUCGAGCAGAGAGGGCGGCGGCGGGGCGCACGCGCGCUUCGGCUGCCAGUUCUUCCCCUACGACACGGAGUUCACGCACCUGCUUCAGGCGCUCAACAUGUCAGAGGCGCGCGCCGCGCUGCGGGAGGGCCAGCGGCCCUGGUACAUUGGAUGGAGCAACUGCGAGGAGAGCGUGGCGCGGGAACUGCGCCGCCACUACGGCCGCCCCUACUUCCUGCCGCCCAACGCGGAGCCCACGCGCCUCGACUGGAUCUUCAUGGGCAGCCCCGGCUACGGCGCGCGCAUGCAC